AUGGACAUUUCUCCAACCGAAACGACUUGGUUAGACCUUUGGACAGCAAUUAGUUCAAGAACCAAAACCCCGGCAAGGCAAAACAUAGCUACCAGAGAACAACAGUCAACGUCUGCAUAUCACUCGACAUCUUCUGACAUCCGGACGUGGUUAGAUGGCGAGAUUGACCCCUUUUCAAGUCUCCUCAUAAAUAUGAAUCAGCGUUCACUUGUUUUGCUGCGACAAAAUGCAUCAUCACCCCUACGAACUUCAGUUCAUGCAGAUCCUAGUGGCAUCUACAAAAGAAUUUGCAGCAAGGAUCCGGCCUGGUUGUUCAUGCAUCUCUAUUAUGCUGCUCGUCGCUUUUCACAGUCGUCAAAUGGAUUUGACUGUGAAGCUACGAAAUAUCUAUUGCAGUCCGAAUCUGCUGUCAGUCACAGCACAAGGGAAUCACCUUACAUGAUUGAUGACUCAACAAUUGCGACAGUAGCAUGCCUUGCAAAUAUAGAGAAUCUGAAUGGUGAAGCUUCGACUGCCUACAUCCAUAUGGGCGGUCUGAAACGGAUGGUACAAAUUAGGGGUGGUUUGCCGAAACUAGGAAUGCAAGGCAUCCUCCGCCGCAUGGUCCAGUGGUCAGAUUUACUUACCAGCUUGAACUUGGAGACCGUCCCUCAUUUUUCACCUACUCUACCUGAAAAUUCGUUUGAACUAUGGCAUUUUACUCCCGCCCCUGUACAAGAUAAAUAUCACCUCGUGACCAAUCCAGAAUUGGCAACCAUCACAACCCAGAAGCAUCAUAUUAUUGUCAGUCACGUGUUGAUCUCUCUUCACCAACUCGCAACUUUUCUUAACUCGGUAGGUGAUGGGCUGCUACCAUGGGAUGCUUCUUAUCCCGAUAGGGUACAUGAAAUAGAGUACAGCAUAGCAUUAUCCCUCUAUGGUGACCAUGUUAUUGCUGAAAAUGACGACAAAGUCGAAAUCGGGCACUUACUGCUCCAGGCGGCGCUCCUACAUAUCUACACAAACUUGCGACAGACACCAGUGGGUGGUACAAUUCGAGAUACCCUUCUGUCCCGCUUGAGAGCGUUGUUGAGCAGUAUGGAUCUGGCUCAUCACUCCAGAAGGUUCCCCGCUGAGAUGGUCUGGGUCUUAAUCAUUGGCAUCUCUGCGGCUGUUGGUCCUACUCAGGCCAAAUUUCUGCAUGAGGCUCGGCAAGUAUGUGUCAAAAGCCAGACUAGAAGUUGGAUAGAGGUAACCGAUCUACUUCAAAGCAUGCCAGCGUUACUCGAUGCGUGUAUGGCUACAUGCGCAGACAUGUGGCUCCGCAGUCAAAGGGACGAGAGCGGCUCCCGUCUAAGAACGCAUCCCCCGCAAUCCAAUCCACACACUUGCCGCCGUGUUUCCAGCCCCAUACUGAUUGAGAGAAACGCAAUCUGCGCUUUAAGAGAAUAUUCCGGCGAGACGAUGGGAUAG